GGUUAUCCUGCUCACUUGACAUAAAAAAAGGCUUCCUCAGUUGAGUACAGGAUAUAAGCGUGUGCGGUACAAAAACACGCCAGGAAAUCAAAGUGCGCAAUAAUGUUGCGUACAAUUUAAUUUGAAACUAACAAUCAAAAUCUAGACACUAACUAACUGCUGCCAUAACUAACAAGCGUAGAAAAAAAAAACACGUAUAUCCAAAGCAACAACUAAAAAAACGACGCAUAAACCCGACUAAACUAAACUAAACUAAAAAAAAAACGGCAAUUUCGUAUUAAUUUUAUUUGCACAUACAUUUUGCCGCGUGCUCAUAAAAAUUUACAUAGAAACCAACACCAAAACAAGCAGCAGCAACAACAGCAACAACAACAACUACAACAACAACAACUACAACAACAACUGCUGAAUGGCAACAAGGGGUACAAGAAGAGGUCCCCGGUUAACUGCUGACCCAGCCGAGCCUACGACUUUAGAUGUGCGCGCUGUGCCACACGUGGAAUAACAAAUUGAAGCUGCCUCGCUGCACGCCACGCCCACAACGACGAACACAAAGUGCUGCAACUAGAAGUGGUAAAAGAAGAAGAAGACGACAACAUUUUAUACGACAAAACCGAACAACUUUAGUGAUAUGGAACUGUGCAUAGCAACAAAGUCAAAAGUAGCUCAAAGUUCAAUGCAUGAAAGCAACUAUCAAAAUAAUAAUUAUAACAACAACAACAAUAACAGCAGCAGCAAUAAGAAGAAGAGCAGCAGCAGCAGCAAAAGCCACAAAAGAUGCCACCAAAAUCGAAUGAAUACUCAAUUGAAUACUCAGCUAUUCAGCCACAAAUGCCACAUGCAACACAGAGAUCGAGACCACCUGAAAAAGCAACAACAAAACCAACGAACAAAUUCACAAAAUAGCAAUAAACACAACAGCAGCAACAAAUUACACAACAACAACAACAACAAUUGCUAUCCACCUUGCCACAAAAUUUAUCAACUGCUGCCGCUGCUGUUGCUGCUGCCGCUUGCUGUGGCGUCUCCGGGCAGCGGCAGCAGCCGGCGCGACGCUCUGCUCGCCUACUACAAGCGCGCCCAGCUCCGGGAGAGUUUGAGCUUUGGCGUUCCGGAGUUUCAGCUGCGCGAGGCGAAUGGCUUCGAUUUUGAUGAGCUGUCGCCCGUGGGCAGCGUUGUAUCCGCGCUGAGUAAUGCGGAGCGUUUGCGCAAGCGCAGCGCCUCAACAACAACAACAACAACAACCACAACAACAGCGCAACACACAACAUCAACAGCUGCGGCGGCAGCUGCAACAACAGCGCCCGCAACACCAACAGCUGCAAUAACAGCAACAGCAUCCACAGCUGGCAGCAAAAAGCCAGAAAAAUGCGAGCCCAAGGUGCUGGAGACUCUGCCCGAUGAGCCGUAUUACGACUUCACCGAGAUUGCCGAGGUCGCUGCACGCGAAUUUACUGAAUUCCUAUCGAAUAAAUUUCCAAAUGCCAACACGCCCAUUGCCAUAGAUGAGCCGACCCGGGCGGAGGUGAGCCGGCGGGCCAAUGGCAUUGCCAGCAAUGCCCUCAACGAGGAUGACAAUCUGUUGGCCUUUGCCAUCGCGGCGCCCAGCAUACACACAGUUGUUGUCAAAUUCAGGGACAAUGUGACGAUACCACCGAAUCAGGUGCAUAAUAAGGCUUACUUGGGCUCCUAUUGGCGGGAAUUGGGGGCCGCCUGGAACAGCAGCGAUGGCACCAAGGAGUGGGGCGCGCCCUUUCGUGACUGCAACCUUUUGACGGGGCGCUGGCUGUGGCCAUUUCGCAUAUCAUUCACCGAGCACCGAAUCAAAAUUGUUGCCGCUGCAUUUAUAGCCGCCGACGAGGAUGUGUGCAACGACGGUCUGGAGGAGGUCUUCGGACGGCGUCACGGCUGCGAUCGGAAUACGACAUUUUGCCUGCUGACCGAAACGAAGCCGCCGGCCACGCGUGAUGUCUACACGUGCCUGUGCCGCGAAUCCUAUUACCUGCCGAAUGCGUCGCUGCAGGGUUUUCCCGGUGAUCUGGUGGAGCUAUCCGAGGGCUACGACAACUAUUCGUGUCUGCCCUGUCCGGGUGGCUGCAGCAAUUGCGAUAUGCAUGGCAUUUGCCUUUCCGGCUUUCAGGAGGAGGAUGCUCUCAACAUAGAUGCCUGUCUGCGUCUGCUGGUGGCCAUUGUCCUGGCCGCCUGCAUUCUCUGCUGCGUGGUGCUCAGCGUGAUUGUCUUCCGGCAGCGCAAGUGCAAGGCCAUUGCCUCGGGCAUGUGGACCGUGCUGGAGACCAUUCUGCUGGGCAUUGUUUUACUUUAUGCAUCGGUUGCCGUCCAUUUCUUUCCCGCCUCCACGGAGCGCUGCCUGCUGGAGCCCUGGCUGCGCGAAAUUGGCUUUAUUACCUGCUAUGGUGCGAUCAUAUUGAAGCUCUAUCGACAUCUGGUCGACUUUCGCACCAGGAAGGCGCAUCGCUGGGUGCUGCGCGACGUCGAUCUGCUCAAGUAUCUGGGCACCAUGGUGUUUGCCGUCAUCUGUUAUAUGUCCGCAUUUACGGCCUCGUCGCUGGACCUGCUCGAGAGCGCCCAGCUGGAGAGUCUGCGUGAGGCCAGCACCAACACUUGCCAUCCCCUCAAAUGGGAGCUGGUGACGCAGACCAGCGAGAUGCUCAUACUCUGCUUUGGCCUCCAUCUGGCCAUUGCCAGUCGCAAUGCCAACACACAGUUUCGGGAGCGUCAAUUUCUGGUUACAACGUUGACGCUGGAGUUUCUGGUGUCAUCCAGUUUCUAUUUUCUGCGCUUCGUCUAUUUGCCGGAAAUGAGUCCCAGCGCCAUUUUGUUGGCGCUUUUUGUGCGCUCGCAGCUGACAAAUAGCUUCGCCCUCGGUUUGAUAUUUGUGCCAAAAUUGUGGUAUCAACACAAGCAGAUUUAUUUAUCGCUAACAAGAGAGAAAAGAAAAGAAAAAUAAACAAGUGCGUCCAAAGUUUGUUCGAGUGCUAAAUACAUAUUUACCAUAUAUACAACAUAUACUAGAAAGUUCAGAUAAUUCCGCCGUAUGCCAUAUACAUUAUAGUUGAGAUAAACCCGACGUAGGCUCAAUUUGUGCUCAUUUGUCCGCACAGUCAUCGUCGAGUAAAAAUAUAUCGUAAAUCGUACUCUCGUCUUUGUAUUUUGGUAUUGACAUUUGGUUGAGGAAACGAUUUUUGUAGAAACCAAAAAAACGAAUUUGAGAAACGCCGCAGAAAGCUUUUUGCUGGAAAACAAAUUUAUUUGAUACAACUAUUUUUUUUCAUUUGUCGAGUUGAAUUCUUAUGGUUAUUGGUUUUUUGUUGGAGUACAAACAAUUUUAGUAUUUAAGCUAACAUAAUUCAUGAAUUUUAGUCAAGCUAUGAAGUUGCUGCAAGUGUCAUUUUACUGUACCAGAAUGUUUACUGUAUGUAUUUCGAUUUCCAUUUAUUAAUUUUGUGUUCAACUCAUUUUACUCAUAUGCAAGCCACAAAACUUUCAGUUGCACAACUGUACUUUUUUGGUUUUUUAAUCUAUAGCAAACGUUAACCAACACUGGCCGCAUGAACAUUUUUGUUGUGUGUAUUUGCAUGCAUUUCUUGAACACAACAGCUACAAGUAGAAUGACAAAAAUCGGUUUCCUUUUAAUACCCAACAUGCAUACCAAAACUAUAGAGUAUUUUCUUCUUCUACAUACACUAUAUCAAUAUAUAUACAUAUAUAUGCCUCUCUCUGCCUCUCUCUCUGUCUCUCUGUCUGCCUCUCUAACUGUCUCUCUGUGUGCCUCCCUAACUCUCUCUAACCCAAGUAGCUUAGCCGCAGCCCGAAUAUAACGUUUAGUCGUCGUUAAUUAUGUUCAGAUUUUGACCUAUGUUUAUCUCAUUUACAGCACCACAAGAGACAUAAUCACGCCCACGACCACGCCCAUUCCCCAACAAAUACACAUUUAUAAAAAACAAAAAAUUAAACACUAAUCUAAAAGCCAUAAUAUACA